UUUCCGCGUUCUGUCAAAAGUUCAUCGUGUGGAAAAAAUGUUAUUUAUUUGUUUCUAAUUGAUUUUACUGUAUUUAUUACAGAUUUUUUGUGUUUUAUGGUGUGUGUUUUAUUCAUAUUAUCUUAAAACAUGAAGAAAACUACCAAGUCACCUGAAAGUACUGAGAUGACACCAAACAAAAAGAAGCUGAAGCAGGCUCGUUUGCCUUUCAUGCUUAUUAGCGAUGUAUCGCCGAAACCUGAGACUCCACAGACCAGAAAGAGGAAAUUAUCUGUUCCUGAUCCCGAACCAGUCACGAAGGUUGGUAAAACCAGCAAGGAAAACACGAUAUCCGAUGACUUGGUUGUCAUAAGUGAUGAUGAAAGCAAAGGUGUGCCGACUCCUAAGAAAGAGGACCUUUCCCCAAAACCUGUUAGCCCGUAUGUUAAGUUAGUAGACUUAGCAUGGAAAAAGAAGCUACAGAAGAAUAAAAGGCAGAAAAAGACGAAAGCUAAGUCUGCUAAGAAACUCAGAAAUGGUUCAAUUGAGAAUCAGUCUUCCCAGGAAAAUAAUGACAACAUGGAAUGUGAUGAUGUUGAAAUGAUGGAAGUUGAAGUUCAGAUGCCUGAAAAUAGUGAGAAAAAUGAAUCAGAAAUAAAAACUAAUGGUGAUAUUCUAUCACAAAAAGAUAAUAAACCAGAACCUAGCAAUACAUCUAGGGAAAUUAAAAAAUCGCCUAAAAAGCAACCUCAAAAGCAAUCUUUGGAACAAUCAACAACAAAAAAGGUGUUAGAAAGUAAAAUAAAGCAAAAUGAUAGUGAAAUUGUGUGUCUUGAUGAUUGUAAUAACUCAUGUGAUGAUAAAAUGUCAAAUUCUAACAACAACAAAGCUAGUUCUUAUAAAAGCAACAAAGAACAACAUGAAUCUGACGAAGACACUGUGAAGAGUGAUUCAAAUGAAAAGAAAGAAUCAUCUAAGAAAACACAGAAUAAAACUAAACAAAGUAUUACCCCAAAACAUAGUACCAGAAACAAAACUAAGCCUGAGGAGGCAAAUAAAAAAACACCUGUCAAAAACGCUACAUCAAAGACUGAUAGCUCAAUAAAUAAAUAUGUGAAAAGAGGCUCUCCAAAACUUCAAGUGAAAGAAGAUCCCAAACCAACAGCUGAAAACAUCCAAAAAGAUGACACCCACAAUGAAUCUCAGGUGAUCUCUGAUGACUCAGAUGUAGAAAUGAAUAAUUCCCAAAAUGAAGAACUAACCACAUCCAAAAUCUCAGAAACAAAGGAAACAUCACAAGAAACUUCCAAAAACAAAAAGGAAGAAAGUCCUAAGCCGACUACCCCGAAACGCAGUGCCAGGAAGAAGGCAAAACUUGAUGACUCAAACCUUAAUAUGUCUACUACAAGUUCUAAGCUUGAUGAGUCCAUGUCAUCUACUCCAUCAACACCAAACCACAAUAAAAGUAUUUCAGAAACUAGUUUGGUUGAUAAAUCCUUAAAUGAAUCUAUACAGACUGCUAAUUUGACUCCAAAACAGUUACAAAAGAGAUUAGAGGCUAAUAAGAGGAAAGAAGAGAGGGAAAAGGAGAAACAGGAGCGUGAUAAGAAGAGACAGCAGGAGAAAGAGGAAAGGGCUAAGCAGAGGCAGGAAAAGGAGGAACAAAGGAAGAAGGAGAAAGAAGAAAAGGAAGAGGCCAGGAAGAAGGAGAAAGAAGAAAAAGAAGAACAAAAGAAGAAAGAAAAGGAAGAAAAAGAAAAACAAAAGGAGAUGGAAAAAAAGUGCAGAGAGAUGAAAGAAGAACAAAAACGAAAGGAGAGAGAAGAUAAAGAAGAACAAAAGAGGAAAGAGAAAGAGGCGAGAGAAGAAGAGAAACGUAAGAAGCAAGAAGCACUGGAGUUGGAAAAGCAGGAACAAGAAUUGAAGAAGAAGAAAGCAGCCGAGGCCUUUGUCAACUUCUUCGUGCCCAAACAGAAGGUGGAGAGGGAAACAAGUGUUGGACCAGUUAGCAAGAGCAGCCUGCUAUCGAGCUUCACAAUCAAAGUUGAUAUGCGACUGGCGCCUACCACAAGAGCAGAUUUGACAGAUGAAAAGAGAGAGGUCUUAGAUAAGUUCUUAGAUGAUCAAAGUGGUUCUGAAAAAAUGUACUUGAAAUGCUUGAAGGAUGGAUCAGCUAAACCUUUGUCCAGUGGCAAAACUUGGCCUUUGGAUGAUAAGGAUGAUGAAGUUAUGAUUAUUGAAGACGAGCUUCCACCGAUAGAUGGUGCGGGAGAAGUAAUCACGUGCGAGUCGGCUCCUCGGGAGAAACUGCGGCCGAAGCUGUUCAGCUUCCACGAGAACCGACGCCCGCCUUACUGGGGCACUUGGCGCAAGAAGAGCCCCUUCAUCAAGCCCAGGAGACCUUUUGGUCAGGAUGAGAAACAACUAGAAUAUGAGGUGGACAGUGAUGACGAUUGGGAAGACGAACAAGACGGCGAGAGUUUAGACGGGAGCGCGGGCGGGAGUGAUGAUGAAGGAGGCGCCGACGACUAUGAAGUCGAUAACGAGGUGUUUGUGCCUCACGGGUACCUUAGUGAUGAGGAAGCAACAAUGGAUGAGGAAGAAGACGACGUGCUCUCACUCUCUCCAGAAACACAAAAAGCAAGACUCAAACACUUAGAGGAUGAAUUUGAAACUGAACUGAAGAAGCCCACAGAAAAGUUGAAACCACGACUAUACGGCUUGCUAUGGGAAAACUCAGAUGGCGGGAAACCAGACAAAUGUGUUGAUGCCUUAUGGAAUUACUUUGAGAAAUUUGCCAUGAUAAUGAAUGAUACCACUGCCUUAAUGCAACCAGCUCCAGAACCCGAAGAAGUAGAGAAGAAGAAAAUAAAAAAGAAGAAACUGGUGGCUGAAGGGGAAACAAAUGAACAAAGCCCUAAAAGUGAGAAGAAGAAAAAGACAAAAUCAGAGAACAAAGAAAGCAAGAAGGCUAAAUCCGAUGUUAAGAAAGCGGUACCUAAUCAGCCAGGCAUAAAUUCGUUUUUAACUAAAGUGAAGUCUACAUAAUUUCUACUAAGAUUAUGUUAUAGUUUUAAUAUUGGUAUUAAUAUUCGUUCUGGUAACAAUAUCCAACAUUUCCCAAGUUAAGGCAUAAACAAAUGUUAUAAUUGUAUUUUAAUAAUUGAUCUUACUUUUAUUAUUAAGUGAUGAUGGUGAGUUUGCAUUUCGAAGAUUUUUAGAUAUUUAGACAUUGUUGUGCUCUAUCCUUGUGUUACAUUAUAAAGUUAUUAUUGUAAUGAAAUGUAAAUAUUGGUUCUUAUAUUGCUGCUCGGACAAUUAAUAGAUUAUACAUGAAAUAGUAUGUUUGUA